CGCUCGCUUCGCGGCGGGGAGCUCGGGCUCCUGGCACAGCUCAGGCCCCUUUGGCCUGUUCUUGGACCGGGACUCGCUCGGUUCACACAGCUCCGGCAGCCUGCUUUGGUUUGGCCGCCUGGUUUGCAGCGUGGCCGGGCUGGCGGGCACAGGAGGUGGAAGUGUGUAGUAUCUGAAAGCUGCGGAGUUCAGCAAAAGCAUCAUUUCAUGGACAAGCCCUCGUCAGUCAGGAUGAAUUCUGCCGUGAUAGGCAAUCUUGCAGCGCAGUUGUUACGGUCUAGGGAAGGCCAAAAGUAUCUUGGCUUUACAGAUCUGCUACACGUGCCAGUCUGGUGAUGGGCUUUAUUGGACAUGCCUAAGCAGUAUGAAUCCCCUCUCUCACCAAAAUGAAGUUCAAUCCAUUUGUGACCUCAGACCGCAGCAAGAACCGCAAGCGACACUUCAAUGCACCUUCACACAUUAGAAGAAAAAUAAUGUCCUCCCCGCUCUCCAAGGAGUUGCGGCAGAAAUACAAUGUCCGCUCUAUGCCCAUUCGAAAGGAUGAUGAAGUCCAGGUGGUCCGAGGACACUACAAAGGACAGCAGAUUGGCAAGGUGGUCCAGGUGUACAGAAAAAAAUACGUCAUCUACAUUGAACGUGUUCAGCGUGAGAAGGCUAAUGGCACAACUGUCCACGUGGGGAUCCAUCCCAGCAAGGUGGUGAUCACUAGGCUAAAACUGGACAAAGAUCGCAAAAAGAUCUUGGAGCGUAAAGCAAAAUCUCGCCAAGUUGGCAAGGAGAAGGGCAAAUACAAAGAAGAAACAAUCGAAAAGAUGCAAGAAUAGAUGAUUUACUAUUUGACGCCAUUAAAGAACUGUUAAAAUGAAA